GUUUCUCUCUGUCCCCUCCCUCUCCGCUUUCCCUUCUCUCACUCCCCGUGACGGUGUGAGUUUCCCGGAUCGGUACGGUUCACCAUGCAGCGAGGACUGAACUUGGCCCGCCGGCUCCUCUCCGCCCCCCGCCGGCUCCCAGACCCCGUCGCCCGCUCUCUCCGCUCCGCCGCCGGGCCGCACCGGACCCACAGAGACGAAUGUUCUGCAUAUAAACUUCAAGGCCGGAUACCUUCAACGUAUGACAAAAAGGUUCUGCUGUGGACUGGACGCUUCAAAAGGGAGCAGGAUAUACCUGAAAUCGUUUCCAUCGAAAUGCUUUAUGCGGCAAGGAACAAAAUAAGGGUGCAGGUCUGCUACCUGAUGAUCGCCAUGAGCAUUGUGGCCUGUGUGGUGAUGGUGGUUUCGGGAAAGAAGGCUUUUAAACAGCAUGAAAGCCUCACCAAGUGGAACUUGGAGAAAAAAGCCAAGCUGAAAGAGCAGUAUGUGCAAGAGCAUGGGAUAGUCACCGAAAAGGCCCAGUAAUUGGACAAAGGUUCAGCAGCACCACUUUGUCUGGUUUUUGUUGGUUGAAAACAAUCGAUAGAUAUUAUCAGCACUGGCUGUGGAAUUCAUCAACACAAUGACUGGUGCACACAUUCCUCAUCAAUCUUUUUAAUACUUGCUCUCUAAAUUGAUCCACUGUUCAUAUUUUUUUUGAGUUCCUUUCCCAGUUUGAACCUGUUGUUCUGAUAUAAUCCCAGUAAUGUCAUGAUUCUCAAAUUAGACCCAGUUGUUGCAAACUGUCUUGUUUAUGCCCAAAGAAAUUCCUGUGCCCACUUUUAAAACAGAACUGUUAACUCUUAACUAAUCACUAAGGAAUUUGAGGUGUAUUUUCAAAGCCCCAUGUCCCCAACAAUAACCAGACCUCAUACUUAGUUAAUAACUUGUGUAGCUCAUAGCCUCUGUUCUGGUUACAUCAGUUCUGUUCUGAAGCAGUCCCACAUUAACUAUCCUCUGUACCAUUUCUAGUUCUAUCAUUUACAUACAUUCAUGGUAUUUUGCUUGUGUUUUCUUGUAACUCGUUUUUUUGGAAAACCAAGUUUGCCUCCAGAAAUUUAAACUAUGUGAGCAUAACUAUCUUUUUGGCUUUUUUUUCAAUAUAGAAUAUAAAAUACUGGUGCACCAGGUCAGUAAAACACAUUGUACUUCACCACAGCUCAUGAUCCACAAGUGCAAUUUAUUCUUCAGUCUUGAGACUCGAUCAUUAAGACUCGAAACAUUUAGAAAUGCUUUAAAUAUAGAAUUGCAGUGACAUUAAAUCAGUUUGUUAUUUGUAUGAGAUGCUAGUUUGAUUUUUUUUGUGAAAAUCUGAAUAAAAUAUUAUCUGUAUUCUAUUAUUAAAUGAAUAUUUAAUUGA